AUGGAGCUUCUUCAAAACUUUGUGAGCACGCAAUCUGCUACAGAAGGGGAGGUGAAUGACUCAAUCACCACUAUUGUAGAUCGACUUUCACACUCUACUCUCAUCUCUGAUAGAAGAAGUGCAAUCCUUUCUUUGAAAAGUUUCAGUCGUCAAUAUCGGGAGAUUGUCAUUGCUAAAGGUUUGAAAUGCUUGGUCUCAAAUUUAAGUCGGGAUUCAAUGGAUAAUGACGUGGUUAAAGCUACCCUUGAAACUCUACUUAUUCUUUUCAUUCGUGGCGAAGGAGAUGAAGAUGUAAGUCGAAAUUGGAUCAGUGAACAGGCAAGGCAGAAGAAUGGCAAGUAUCCAUCUCCAACAUUUUUAAAAAAUAAAGUUAAGGCAGAUCAAUUCUCACUUUGGAUUGCAGACGAGUUUACACAGUCUGUCGAUAACAUUGAGUUAUUACUUGACUUUUUAGAAAUUGAUGAUAUGCACAUUAGAAUUUACACAUUGCAACUAUUACAGGCUUUAUGUACGACCCGUGCUACUCGAACAAAGGAACUGAUUAUGAAGAUUCCAACUGCCGUAUCAAAGCUUUGCUCUGCUUUAGAUGAGACAUACGAACCCAUUCGUAACGAGGCCAUUCUCCUUUUAAUGGCUAUUGUAAAAGAUAACUUCAACAUCCAGAAAUUGGUUGUAUUUGAAAACACUUUCGACAAACUAUACCGCAUUAUUGAGGACGAAGGAGGGGUUAUGGGGAACAUCAUUGUACAAGAUUGCCUAACCUUAAUCAACAAUCUUCUUAGCUACAAUACGGUGAAUCAGAAAUAUUUUUUAGAAACAAACUGCAUUGCUAAUCUUUCAAGACUUAUAAGUCAGCCCCUUUCUUUUGGUCAGGCGGAAAAAACCGUGUGGAAUCCUCAAAGAUUACAGAACGUAUUAACGGCGUUGGCUACUUGCAGGCUUUUUGUUCCAGAAGAUACCAAUAAUAUUGAAAAGGCACAGACUAUUUUAGAUCGAUCGAACUUAAUGCUUUCGGCUUUACAACUAGCAUUUGGGUUGAAUAUGCCUACAGAGAUCAGGGUUGCCUCAUUGCUGGUCACUGCGGAUAUUAUUCGGGGUAACAAUCCCAUUCAGGCCAAAUUUAGUAUGAUCGAUGUACCAUAUUUAGACCCGGGUCUACCAAAUACCGCUCAAAAAUAUGAAGAUCCUCUCCCGGUGCUUUAUGCUUUAUUGAACUGGUGCUUAUACGUGAAUUCUGUUCAUUUUUUUGAUCUAAGGGUUGCUUCAAGCACGACACUAAAAGCUUACUUCAAAAAUAACGACGCCGCAAAAAUUACGUUUCUCAGAGAGCAAAUACAUAUUUUUGCAAAGAUAAACGGAUAUUCUAGGAAAAAAUUCAAAGAAGUUGAUGGUGCUAUGACGAUGGGUCAAGUUCAAUCAGAGGCAAAAGAAGAAAACGAUGCAGAAGUAAUCCAUACAGAAGAUACAACCUCGAAAAUGGGGGAUGUCGUUCUUGCUGCGGAAACUGACAAUGCAUCUUCAAGCAGUAACAGUGAACCAUCGUCAGGAUUGUCCGGAAGUUCAACAUCCUUGAAAGUAGAACAUGAAAGGGAACAGGAUGGCUCUGAAAGUAUUGAAGAGAAGAAUACAUCGGAUAACUUAGAUAGUAGUGAUGAAGAUGACGGAGAUUAUAGAACAGAUGGAAAUAUAAUUCAGGAACUUGUAUUUGUGGGUAAGGAAGCGGAAUUAAAUCCAUAUAAAAUUUGGUUUUCAGCAGAUCUUUUGAUUUAUUUGUUGCAUGAAUUUGAGCAAGGUAAAAAACUUAUGAUGGCUGUCACAAUUGGUAACGACGAGGCCGACGAAGAUUUAGUCAAUAUUUUAGAUGCAAUUGGUCAGGCAUUAUGCCUAUGUCUUAAAUUUUCAGACCCUCGUAUACCUAUAUCAUAUACCAUGCUUCUGGUUUGCUGGAUAUGGGAAGAUUAUGAAGCGGUUGAUAUAUGUUUAUCAGAUGCAUCAAUAUUGGAUCAGCUGUUGUCAUUUUUAAUUGACAACUCUCAAGAAGACACAUUAAUUAUGUGUACCGUUUCAAUACUUUUAGGUGUUUUGUAUGAAUUUUCGAGGCCCGAUUCUCCAAUACCCAGGUCCAAAUUAUUUACCAUUCUUAACAACAGAAUUGGAUCAAAUUCAUUUAGUCUUAAGAUACAGCAAUUUAUGCUACUUCCGCAGGUGAAAACAUUCGAUGCAUUAUCGUAUUCAAAGGAAAGGGAUGAAACUGGUUUACCUGAAGUUUUCUUUACGCCAAUAUUCAUAUUCUUGGUCAAAGACAAUUACUACAGGAUUAAGGGUUCAUUUGGGAGAGAUCCAUCCAUCAUUCCUGAACGAAGAUUAAACUUUGAGGCAUAUGAAAAGGUGCGAAUAAGAUUCAAUAAAACUGCACAAGAAUUUGAUGAUCUUAAAAAGCUUUCGGCUGAUAUCAGUAGGAAACAGAAUGAAGAAAAGGCAAAGCUUGAAGGGCAGCUCCAAAAAGUUACUUUGGACUAUGAGCAUUCUUUAAGAGAUCUUGAUUUGGUCAGGAAAUCACGGGAGCAGUUAUCUGAGGAAUUUGAAAGUACAAAAAAUGAAACAUUGAGAUUGAAAGCAUUGGAAAACCAGCUAAGGACUGAAAUUACGGAUAUAUCAUCAAGGUUGGAUAAUGCAUCAAGUGAACUUUAUAAUCUAAAGAGCGAAAACUUUAAGAUGACAGCAAAAUUAAAGCAAGUUACAGAGCAGAAAGGAAAAGCGGAAGAUGGGAUAAACAAAAUGAAUAGAGCUUUGAUGGACUUGACGAGACAGAAGAGUGCGGAUUUGAAGAAAACCAAAGAAUUGGAAGAAUCUCUCUCCAAUACGAGACAGCAGAUGGAAUCACUUAAGAAGAACUUUCAAGGUUCGGCUUCCGAAAAGGAUAACGAAAUUGCUCUGCUAAAGUCCAAAAUUAAUGCGUUGAAAUCGGAACAAGAAGCCUCAACAACAAGUUAUAAUUCGCUUAGCAAAUCAUUACAUGAAACUUCUGACAGGUUAAAAGGAUCAGAGGAAAAGGUUACAAACUUGUUGGGUAAGAUUCAUCAAGCAGCAUCCUUGAUCGAAUCAUUAAAGGAGGAGAAUGAUUCGUUGAAGGAGAAAGUUAAAAGCCAAUCAGCCUUGAUAUUAAGAGGCGAGGAGGAGAAAAAUUCGUGGAAGAGCAAGUCUGAUGAACUGUCAAAGAAAGUUGAUUCUCUACAGGACGAGCUCACAUCUACAUUUGAAGAGUUUUCUACUCUUCAGGAGAGUUCAACAAAGGAAGUGGAUACAUUAAACUCAGAAAUUACUUCAUUUAAGGCGGAGAUAAGUGGAUUAAGAGAAGAGAAAACUACGCUGGAGAAAAAAGUUGAGGUCUUAAGCUCAAAAAUCGACGAAAGAGAGGAAGCAAUGCAAAAAACAGCUUCAGAUCAGGAGACAACAAUAAAAGAGAUGAAAAAUAAUCAUACUUCCACAAUUUCCAAACUGAACUCAGAGAUAAAGGAAAAGGAUACAGAGAUUCAAAAAUUAACAGAGAGAUUGAAGGACGGCGAGAAGAAAAGUUUAAAGACUACGGAUGACCUUGACAACAAAAGUAAAGAGAAUAUACUUUUACAUCAAAAACAGAUUGAACUUGAAAAUAAAAUAAAAGAUUAUAAUUCUGCAAUUGAGAAGAAGAAAGGAGAAUCAGAGAAAUCCAUAAAUGCGUUGCAAUCUAAAAUUGGCGUGCUUAAGAAACAGGUCGAAGAGAACCGACAGAACUCUGAAAAGGAGUUAGAGGAGAAAAGCGCUUUACUUUUGGAAAAGGAAGGCAUAUUAUCAGAUUUAAAGGAAGAAUUGAAAGAAUGUACCGCAAAAUUCGAAAGUAGUAAGUCGGAGAUUGAUUCUCUCAACCGUCAUAUCAAGGAUCUUGAAUCUGGUCAAAAAGUUCAAAUAUUUAAGUUGCUGGCACAAGUGGAAGAAGGCAAAAAGGAGUUUGAAAAGAAGCAAGAAUCUGUAUUGAAUAGUCAGAAGGAGUGGAAGAAUCGUUGCGAUACCAAGGAUGCGCACAUUAAGGAGAUGAAAAUCGAGAUUGCAAGUAUGCAGAAGACAGGUAAAGAUCAGGGGGAAAAGAUAGAGGCUCUUAAAAAAAAGUGUGAAGAUGCACUAUCCGAGAAGACUAAGUCAACUAAAAAGCUUCUUGAACAAGUUGUUGCGCUCAAGAAGAAUGCGGAAGUUGAUAAAAUUAAAAUUAAGAAUCAGGAAGAAAAAUUCAAUGACUUACUGAUUCAGAAGAAAGAACAAGCUGAAAAAUUGAGGACAGAUCUUUUUAAUUUGAAGCAAACCAUAAAGGAUGGUGAUAAAGGAACAAGUGACCUACAAAAGGAACUCGAAGAAACUAGACGGAAACUGCAGGAGAACUCCAAGUUCUUUAAAAAACAACUUUUCGAUAAAGAUGAAUUAUUGGCAAAGCACAAGGAAGAACUCAGGGUACAGUCAACUAAACUUGAAACAAUUUCAAAAAAUGAGGAUGAAAUUGUUCAAUUAAAGGAGAAUAUUUCCUCCAACAAGAUGGCUCUUGACAAAAGCAAACUUUUAAUAGAACAACUUAAGAAAGAAAAUAAGUCGUUAAAGGCUAUUGAAAUAAGGAAUGGCGAACUUCAAAAAUCGUUAGAAAUGAAAGAAAAGGAAAUUUCCAAAAGUGACGAAAAGGUGAAAUCUCUUGAGAAGGCAAAGGAAAAGCUUGAACAAUGCUCUGGCAAGGAACUAGCAGGGCUUCAGAAUGCAAUAAGUUCACUUGAGGAGAAUUUGAAAAUUAGCAAAGAGGAGAACGCUGCUUUGAAAAAUGAUGAUUCAGAAAGAGCAAAGGAAUUUGAAAAAUUGAGGCAAAUGCUGAAGGAAAGGGAGGAAUCGUGUAAAAAGGUAUCGAAAGAGAACUCUAUGUUUCAAGAAAGACUUAAAAGUGAAACAGAAAAGCAUAGACAAGAAAACGAGAAAUUUGCAGAGGAACUUCGAGCCAGAAAGAAAGUGCUUACGAAAGUACAAUCAGAAAGCGAGAAAUUACACUCUGACCUUUCAGAUUUAAAGAGUUCGUAUUCUACCGAAAUUUCAAAGUUGAAAAAAGAAAUUCAAGAAUUGGAGACACGUACUGUGGCAAGAAAGGAUGAGCUAAAAGAAUUGAAGGAUGAAAAUGCCUCAGUUAAGGAGAAGCUUAAUACUAUUAAAUCUCAAAGGAAAGAGGAAGCCGCAAAAAUGACGGAUUUUUCCAAUAAGAUGGAGGAAUUUAAGAAAGACAACUUGGAGGCUACAGAGAAACUUAAGAAGGAUGUAUCAGAUGGAAAGGCUCUUGCUUCGCAGUUGGAAACAAAACUUAAAGAUGCGGAGAAGUCUAAUGGCAUUGCAUAUGAAGUCAGGGAUAAAGUGAAGGAAGAAUUGAACUCCACGACUAAUAUGCUAUCAGAAAGAAAAGAGGCAUAUAAUAAAUUAUCGGAGGAGAAGCACGAAGCAGAUUUAAAACUUGAAACACAAGCCGAACAGUUGAAGACUUUAAAGUUGAAAAGUAAGCAAAGUGAUGCUACAAAAGCCAAGGUUGACAAGACUUUAAAAAAUGCACAAAGUAGACUAGAUAUGGAAACCGAAGAGAACCGAAAGAUAAAAGAGCAGAUUAAGCAACUCCAAUCUGAUCUUGAGAAAGAGAAAAAGAAGAAUAAAGGACCAUCUCAAGAUGAUUUCGAUGAUAUGCUAAUGCUUUUAGAUGCAAUGGAUAAGAAAAACUUGAAAAUGAAGAAGAGACUUCGUGAAUUGGGCGAAACAGUUUUAAGUGAUGAUGAUGAUGAUGAUGAUGAUGAUGAUGAUGAUGAUGAUGAUGAUGAUGAUGAUGAUGAUGAUGAUGAUGAUGAUGAUGAUGAUAAUGAGGGGGAAGAGGAUGAUGGGGAAGAGGAGAAUGGGAACGAUAUGGUAGAAUAA